AUGGAUCCUGCUGCGUGCCACGUGAAGUGCUCGCUGUGCCAUGGCAUACCGUCGAUCAGAAUAAACAACCUGGAAUACUGCAACGCUUGUUUCGAACGGCAGCUGCUGCGUAGGAUUCUCAGGUGCCUCAGAGGACUCCGUCCAAAAACAAAAAUAAUGCUAUACUUCGAUGGAACACUGCAGUCUCUCACGAUUGCUCAUGCAGUCGGCAGAUUCAAAAACAAAGCACUGCAUGAAUUUGUUGUUGCCGUCAGAAAAGGCACUGAGUGCGAGUUUCUUAGCAUUCUUAGCGGUCUUGGCUUCAACAAACACGUCAUGCUUUCUGCAAGCAAUACAAGCAGUGGCAUCGAUCCAUUGCCAAAUGAUGUAGUGUAUGCAGCACGAGAAUCAGGAUCGCACAUGCUGAUAUUCCAGAUGUGUGCCGAAGUUGAGUCCGUGAUUGCGUUGAGGUCAAUAUGUAAUGGGUGCGGAGUGGAUGCAUACAGCCAAAUAUACUCAAAUGCUAGCAAUCCGGUGGCUGUAAAUGCACUCGAAAAAACAAAAGCAAAGGAAAUAGCAUACUAUGCAUACCUGAAUAACAUAACAUACACAUGCACCAUGCACACGCCGCGCACAACAGAAACCGAGGCAGUGCUCCUAAGAUUUGUCAAGAAGAUGGACAAUAGAAACAGCCUUUCUGUUUUCAACAUCUUAAACACAAUCAGGAAACUUGUGUCAGACAGCCAGGCUGCUGUUUCCAAAGACAGAUUGGUAUAUGGAUGCAGUAAAGAAACAGCGCCAGACUAA